AUGACUCGGUCUUUCGACCAGCCAGACUGCGCAGACCCUGAUAUUGUGAAUUAUGUCAUCGGCGGUGUCGGCCUCGCCUUCGUCAGCCUCGGCCUGAUCGGAGGCUUUCUAUCAGGCGUCAUUCUGCUUGACCCCGUCCUCCGACUCUUCUGGCCGCACAGACCGCCCUCUCAGCUGUCGCUGAUGCAGCCUGUCCUAACGACCGUCACGGGCUCCAGUCAAGAGGCUCCCGGCUCGACUCCGCUCGCUAUCGCCACCGCCAGCUCGGCCAACCAGUCGGCUGGUUCGACUUCCGGCUCUUCGGCCUUCCGAUCCUCCACUCUGUUGCUCAUGCAAAGCAUGGCACUUGUCGACAUGAUCGGUCUGCUCACCAGUUGCCUACGCUACACGGUAUUGUGUCUGACACGGCGCGUCGACUUACGUCGUCUCAGCGGAGUUGCCGUCUGUCAGAUACACAUAUUUCUCUCUUACAGUUGCCAAGACGCCUCAAUCUGGCUAUUGUGCUACAUUUCGGCAGAACGGUUUUAUCUGAUGCUGCGACCGACAUCGGACUACAGCGCUCGUAAGACCUGGCUGACACCGACACUGAUCGGACUGGCCUGUCUUGCCGUGGCCAGCGUUGGGAAGAACCUCUUCCUUAUCACUCGGCAACCAGACAUCUGUCCGGAAACCUAUCAGUGUUGGGCCUUCUUUAUGAUAGACUUCUUCUUCAAAUUGGUUCUGCCCUUUUGUGUCCUCAUGUUCGCAAACAUCGGGCUUCUCUGUCUGAUCACGCGAAACGUGAAGCCGAGCCAAGUUGGUGCCGCCGAGCUGACGACUGAGCCAGCCUUGGCGGAGGCCGCCGCUUCCGCGUCAACUCCAGCUUCGCUUGGAGUGAAUAGAAGCGUCUCCUUCUGCCUGGACCAGGUUGCCACGAGCGUCCUGGCAAGCGGGCCUGGGCCGAGGUCGGCAGAGGCCAGAGGCAGAGUCAGCAGUCUUCGGUCGGUCAGCGAGCGUGGACGUAGGGCCUCUGGCCAAUUCGGCGUCCCACGACAGGCACUCAUCGCUUCGCGGAUGAUGAUGAUGCUGGGCCUCUUGCAUUUGGUCACCUCACCGCCUGCACUCCUUUUCAAGUUGACCUUUCCACAGUACCAGCAUAUGCUGAGCUCGGCCACUGGCAGUUGCGGCUGGCUCGACUUUGCCUACAACGCGGUGAGUGUCAUCUUCUGGUGCACAUCAAGCAUCAAAUUCUACCUUUAUCUGCUCGCGUCGCCGCGCAUGCGUGCCGACCUCUUGCGCCCGUUGACCCUUCGGGUGGGCAGGAGAAGUGAGUUGACCCAGAAACAGCCAAGUUGGUCUCGCAAGUGGCCGAACUGGCGACGAUUGUGGAGGUGA